AUGGCCCUGGGGGGGAGGUUACACCUGCAUUGGGGUGGGGGGAGAAAGGGACUGGGGCAGCACCAGGUCUGGGACCCCUGUCUUGGCUUUCUACCCUCCCUGCUGUGGGGUGGGGAGCUGGGCGGCCCCCCUGGCAGUGCUUCCCCCAGCCUGCCCUACUCUGCCGAGCGGGUGGUGCAGCGGUUUGAAGUGCCCGGCGCCUCCAACUACACGGCCCUGCUGCUGAGUCCGGACGGCGGCACACUCUACCUGGGGGCCCGCGAGCUGCUUCUUGCCGUCAACACCAGCCGCUUCCAGACCGAGACACCGGCUCGCAGGCUGCUGUGGAGUGCGGAUGAGGAGAAGAAGAGGCAGUGUGUGUUCAAGGGGAAGGACCCCCAGAGGGACUGUCACAACUACAUCAAGAUGCUACUGCAGCUGAACAGCACCCACCUCUACACCUGCGGGACCUGCGCCUUCAGCCCGGCCUGCGCCUACAUUAACGUGCAGCACUUCAGCCUGGAGCGGGAUGCGGCGGGGAAGGUGCUGCUGGAGGAUGGGAAGGGACGCUGCCCCUUUGACCCUGAGUACCGGUCCACGGCCGUCAUGGUCGACGGCGAGCUCUACGCCGGGACUGUCAGCAACUUCCAGGGCAACGAGCCCACUAUCUACCGCAGCCAGGAGAGCCGCAUCGCCCUCAAAACGGAGAACUCCCUCAACUGGCUGCAGGACCCAGUGUUCGUCGGCUCAGCUUACCUGCGGGAGAGCCUGCCUGCCGGCAACCCUGAGGGUGACGACGACAAGGUCUACUUCUUCUUCAGCGAGACUGGCAAAGAGUUUGACUACUUUGAGAACACCAUCGUCUCCCGCAUCGCACGCGUGUGCAAGGGGGACCAGGGCGGGGAGCGCGUGCUGCAGCGGCGGUGGACGACCUUCCUGAAGGCACAGCUGCUCUGCUCGCACCCUGAGGACGGCUUCCCCUUCAACGUGCUGCAGGACGUUUUCGUGCUCACCCCAGGGGACCUGCGCUGGAGGGAGACGCUCUUCUACGGGGUCUUCACCUCGCAGUGGAACAAGGGUGGCCUGGGCAGCUCGGCUGUGUGCGCCUUCCCCAUGCGCAGCGUGCAGCGAGCCUUCGGCGGGCUCUACAAGGAGGUGAACCGCGAGACCCAGCAGUGGUACACGGACACUGGCCCCGUGCCGGAGCCCCGGCCAGGCAUGUGCGUUACCAGCCACACGCGACACCUGAAGAUCAACUCGUCCCUCCAGAUGCCGGACCGGGUGCUGAACUUCAUCAAGGACCAUUUCCUGAUGGACAGCCCAGUGCGCAGCCAGCCACUGCUGCUGCAGAGCCGCCUGCGCUACCAGCAGAUCGGUGUUCACCGUGCUCAGGGCCUCCAUGGCACCUACGAUGUCCUCUUCCUGGGCACAGAUGAUGGCCGGUUGCACAAGGCUGUGCGCGUGAGCCACGGGGUGCACAUCAUCGAGGAGAUCCGCCUCUUCCCCGCCAGCCAGCCUGUUCUGCAGCUGCUGCUGGACCAGGAGCAGGGCCUGGUGUAUGCAGCCACCUACGCAGCAGUGGCUCAGGUGCCCUUCGCCAACUGCAGCCUGUACCGCAGCUGUGGGGAGUGCGUGCUAGCACGGGACCCCUUCUGCGCCUGGAGCCGGGGUGCCUGCCGCAGGGCCACUCUGCACCCCCUGGCACACCCCCAGCUUUGGGCACAGGACAUCGAGGCCGCUGACACGGAGCGGCUCUGCCAGCUGGCCAACACCUCCCAGCCCCGUCCCCGCAUCUUCCUGCCCCCAGCCUCGGGCACCCCAUGCCAGCGGAUCCAGCUGCCGCCCAACGCUGUGCGGCCACUGCCAUGCCGGCUGCUCUCCAACCUGGCGUCACGGCGCUGGCUGCACGACGGGGUGCCCGUCAAUGCUUCCUACCUGGUGCUGCCUGACGGGGCCCUCAUCCUGGUGGGCAGCCCCGAGCGGGCGGGCACCUACGAGUGCUGGUCGCUGGAGGAGGGCUUCCGCAAGCUGAUGGCCAGCUACUGUGUGGGCAUGCAGGAGCUGGCCCACGGGCCGAUGGACCCCGGCAGGAAAGUGGCCACUGGCCGGGACGCUUUGGAGACCGUCAGCACGUCCCGGAGCACCUCGGCAGUGGGCAGCUCCGCGGCCCGGCUGGACGGCAAGACCUACUGGACCGAGUUCCUGGUGAUGUGUGUGCUCUUCGCUGCUGCCGUCCUUGUGCUGGUCCUCUUCCUCCUGCACCGCCACCGCGACGGCAUGAAAUCCUUGCUGGAGCCUGGGGACCCCAGCCGGCACCAGAAGCCGCCCCGUAAGCCAGUGGAGAGCCUGCCCCUGAACGGCAGCAGUCUGCCCAGCACGGUGCCCGAGCACAAGGGCUACCAGGCCCUGCAGGACAACUACAUUGUUAGCACUCCUGUGCACGAGCCCCCAGGCCCCCCGCGCACCUUCUCCGAGUCGGAGAAAAGGCCCCUCCAUGUCCGGGACAGCUUCGUGGAGGUGUCUCCCGCCUGCCAAAGACCCAGGGUGCGCCUGGGAUCCGAGAUCCAGGACUCGGUGGUGUGACGGGGAUGAGAGCCAAACCCAUGCCCGCCUCUGCUCUGCUGAGCCUCGCCGGACCGCAUCUCCGCGGCCGGGGUCCAUGUUGUCUGUGUGUGCAUGCCCGGAGCCUGUGCCCUGCUGCAGCACCCGUCCUGCUGGCAAGGGGCUUGGCUCCCACAGGAGCUCCCCGGGCAUCACCUCAGCCGCUCCAGCCCCGUUCCUGGGGAUGGUGCUGGUGGCUCUGGGUGCGAGGGUUGCUGCGUGCCUUCCAGGGACGUGCGGGACUCUAUCCCCAACCUGGUGUCCCCACAACAGGGAUGGACACAGCGCCUGGCUCCGCGGGGCUGUGGCCCCCUCUAUGCAGAGGGCAGGAGGGGGUGGCCGCAGCCCCCCCGCGCCCUGACUCACUGUGACGUCCCGCUGUGGGACCCGGAGCCACAUGUGCGGCUGGGCGGUGCUGGUGCGGCAACCCUGCGGCAUGUGCUGUGUGUCUGUGUUUGGUUCGUUUUUAAUACGUUGAAAAUGUGAAUCGUGUCCCGGGGAGGGAGCGGGGAGCGGCGCUCGCCCUGCGCUGGGCCGGGCAGCAGCUUGCUCCCGCCUCCCCACGUGUGUGUGCAGAAACGUUUGUGGUUUUUAUAUAAAGUCCAGGUGUCUCCUUUG